CAAAUGAAUUGAUCAGAACAGAAGUGUUCUGGUUUGUUUCGGUUAUUACAUAAGAGAAUGGAGAAAAGGAAAGCGAAAGCAGUAUUCAUGGCCUUCGGAACUAAAGGCGAUGUCUACCCUAUUGCUGCCAUUGCAGCAGCUUUUGCUUGUGAUCAGAAACAAUACAAUGUGAUUCUAAUAACUCAUUCAGCACAUGAGAGCUUAAGUUCUCACUUGGGUCAAAAACAUGUUGAAUUUUGCGCAGUUUCAUCACCUCCGGUUCUUUCUGCCGAUCAGAAUAAUGAUGUUGAAGGGGAAGCAGAGUCGUCCUUUUUAUUGCAGAAAAAGAAAAUUACGAGAGAUCAUAGACGAGAAUGCUAUUCUCUAAUUGAAAGAAUAUUUGGAGAUGGCCCGAGCUUGGACGGAGAUCUUAUUGUGAUAAACUUUUUUGCUUUGGAAGGUUGGAGUCUUGCAGAAUGUUUUUCUAUCCGUUGCGUUGUAGCUGCACCUUAUGUCGUUCCAUACAGUGCACCUGCAACAUUUGAAAGACAGUUUCAAAGAGAACUUCCUCUUCUGUAUAAAUAUCUUAUUGACGCUCCUUCUGGUAAGGUUUGCUGGAAGGAUGUGAUUCAUUGGAUGUGGCCCCUUUUCACAGAAAAUUGGGGAUCAUGGAGAAAUGACGACUUACAUCUGAGUCCAUGUCCCUUUACCGAUCCAGUUACUGGCAUUCCUACUUGGUAUGAUAGGCCACAUUCUCCUCUUGUGAUGUAUGGUUUUAGUAAAGAAGUUGUUGAAUGUCCAGCAUAUUGGCCUUCAAGAGUGCGUGUUUGUGGUUUUUGGUUCCUUCCUAUUGAAUGGCAGUUUACAUGUACGCACUGCAGAGAAAUAUCAGUAUAUGAUUCAUCGGGACAUCAAUUUGCUAAAGAUAACCUAUGUCCCCGUCAUUUAGAGUUGCAAAAGUUUGUAGAGGCUACACCAAUUUUUAUAGGGUUGAGCGCUAUUGGAAGCAUGGGUUUUCUAAAAAACCCUCAUUCAUUUAUUUGUGUUCUUCAGGCGGUCCUGAACACCACAAAUUAUAGGUUUAUUCUAUUUACAGGUGGCUAUGAACCUUUAGAGUUGGCGGUUCACACAAUUGCUGCUGAAGCAACAUUUGACCAGAUGAGUGAAGAUUGUGUUCCUCUUUAUAAAGGACGGCUACUUUGUUUUAUCGGUUCAAUACCAUAUGGCUGGCUUUUCCCAAAAUGUGCUGCCGUGGUUCACCAUGGAGGCAGUGGAACUACUGCUGCUGCAUUACAGGCAGGUACACCACAGGUAAUAUGCCCUUUUGUUCUAGAUCAGUUUUAUUGGGCUGAAAGAAUGCAUUGGCUUGGUGUUUCACCUGAACCACUCAGUAGAAACCAUUUGCUUCCUGAUAAAAAUGAUGACAGAAGUAUCCAAGAAGCUGCACACGUACUAUCACUCGCGAUACAUGAUGCAUUAUUGUCAACAGUCAAAACCCGGGCUGCAGAAAUUUCUGAAAGAAUAUUUCUCGAGGAUGGUGUAUCAGAGGCAAUUAAGUAUCUCAAUGUAGAGCUGGGUUUAAAUUGAGAGAUAUUCAAGGUAGUGAUUGAAAACGUUCCAAAAAAUAUAUCCCUCUUCUUUACCGCAAAGUCAAAUUCAUUAUAAAUUUGUAUGAUAAACUUUGGAUUGAUUGUGCGCGCAUUCAAUUCAAUUCAAUUAACAGUAGUAUUCAUAAAUUGUCAUCUUGCAUAUUUGCUUUGUACAAUUUUGGGUGUAUUUUGUGGGAGUCGUCUUGCCGUUACAACAAGACAUUGUAACCGAUCUCAACCGUAUAAUCUCAAAUCAACGGAUGAAGAUGAACACUAUUUGUAAUAUGAUUUUUUUAAUUUCCUUUUUUAAAAAAUAAAUAUGUGAUAUAUUUAUC